UAAAGUCUCUGGGAUCACUGACUGUACGUGAUUCAGUGAACUUACUUUUGAUUGCAGUGCAUCGUUCCAAUCAGUGUGACACUUUGAUUAUUUUCUAUCAAAAAUGGCAUUUACCAGUGUAAUUACAGAAUUUAUAUCAAGUUUAAAGAAUAUUGGAAGCAAAAUGUAUUCUGAAAGAAUAUGCGAGUAUCAAAAUGCGUACAAUAUACAGAUUCUUAAAUAUGAAAAACUAUUACAUAAAUCUUUGGAGGAAGUUGAAAUAUACAACGCAAUAUUGAAAAGUAAGUCAUUAACGAUUAAGACUCGUGAAAAAUUUGAACAAGAAAUGCAAGAGAUUCAAGAUAUACUUGCCAUCAACAAGGAAAAAUUAAAUCGUCUGCGAAGAAAGGAUAGGCGAUCAUUCGUUGUAGCAAUACGCCUAAUUUUUACUUGCUUUAUAAUUUACAUCUUGUAUUAUAUUCUUACUAGUAAUUUUUCUACAACUUAUGUAAAUACAACAUAAAAAAAUGUAUGUGUUAUUAUUACGCUUCUAUAUGCAACGUAAGAAAAUGUAUGUUACGUUGUACAUUCAACGUAAGGAAAUGUAUGAAUGUGUUUCAGUAUUAUAAAUAAUUUUUAUAUCAUUUAACUAUUUUUCUAUUGUAGAAUUAUAUUCAUUUUUUCAUU